AUGGACAGCUACGCUCACAAGCUGCCGAAUCUACUAGAGUGGUCAAACAGGGACGUCGAUUACAGAGCCCUGGUCGCCACUGACUGGAGACCACUCAUCGGCGCGCUAAGCAACUGGGAGGCUAAAGUCCAUAGGCAGCCCUCGCCUGAAGGCAAUACUGGACCGCGUGAAUCUACCAAAAUCUUUCAUGACAUGGGAAUUGAUCAAUCAAUGCUUCGCUCAGUUAGCAAACAGCGUCUGUGCAAUAAGCUGGUCUUGUCCGUCUCUGAUGAGGCUGUUCCACUGGAAAUAGAGCUUCGUCACCCUGCUGAUAAGAAGACUACGGCGACUCUACAAAUGUUUCCGAAGACCCUACGGCCGGCGCGUUCGGCCUUCGGAUAUGCAGGGCAACAGCAUUUUCUAUCGUCAGAAGAGACAGGCCUUUUUGCAAGACUCCGGAAAGGCGCAGUAAGAAGAGCAAAGAAAUCCCAUGGUCCGAAGAUAUCUAUGACGGUGAAGCCAUUUGGAGAAGACCCGAACUUUUUGACCAUAAUUUUCAAGGCCAAAGGCAGGAUGGUGCAUGUGGUAGGAAGGCCACUGCACAUGUUGCAGCGCAUUGACCCAAUACAGUGCGAGGCUGCGAGGCAAACGAAGUCGUAUUUGAACUACUUCCAGGAGCAGGGAAGCGUUACGUAUCGUGAAGGGACUCCGUUGGAAGGAUUACCAGCAAAUAGAGUGCAAAUCUCAUAUUCAAGUGACGAAGUAAGCUCUCAGAAUCUUACAGCGCUAUCUCAUGUACUACAAUUUUUAUUUUCAAAGGACAUUGUGGAGCAGAUCGUCGAGCGUUUUAGUCAAGGCCUAAGCUUCCAACUAACUACCGUAGGAGGCAUGCAAGGAACCAUUAACUAUCUCCGAGAAUGGCACCUCACUAAGAAACUGCUGCACUCUGCGUACCCAGAGGCAAGAAAGUUGCGCAUAGAGCAAGAUACUUCGGAAUGGCACAACCUUGGUCGAAGGCACCUACAAAACAUGCUGAGACAAAGUGGCGUUGAUGGAAAGCCCUUCAAGGAUUCGUGGACGGUCAUUCUGAACUGCAGCGAGUCUGUGGAAAAUAUAAGGUGGGAGGUGCUAGAUCUUGAUGUUGCUGAUCAAGCGCAGAUGGUAGUUAAACAGUAUGCACCCGACUUCGGCGGUAUGGCAACGAUGGCGUCAGCGGUUGAAGCGGAACUCAACUUGGCUGCUAGCACAGACCAUGUUUUAAAGCGAAUGCAGGAGACGUUUUUUGAUUAUGCACACAAAAGAACCUUAUACAUUGAGAGCCCAGGUGCCUUCCUUCAGUUUUUGAUCGAAUCGGAUUCACGUAAGCUCGCUCGAGAGUUCGAGAACUGGUUACUGGAGAGGCUUCAAGGCAGCACAAGGAACAAAAGAUGUAGACGUGGUUCAUUUUACGGGAAGGCGUAUGCACAAUACACUGCCCUCGUAGACUACUAUGAGAAGUUGGACCUCACGGCUCAGGUUCCUGAUCUAGACGAAGUCAAGCGCUUCCUGCUUACAGCAAGCUUACCCAAAGGCCACUUAGUGCGCAUACCACAUGAAGAAGAUCUCACACAUGGCGGAAUAUACAGAGUGGUUGAGCGUCUAGACCGCUGCACGUUCUUGCUUGAAAAUGCCGACCGGCUACAGGUUGCCACUGAUGCCAGUCUCCAUGUGGUUCGAAGAUUUGAGGACGGAGAUCGAAUUUCGCACCAGCAUACGCAGCGCCGACACUUUAAAUAUGUGGGAAAGGAUGCAACAACAGGCGUAUGCACAAUCAAAGACAAACAAUCAUACCAGUUUAAAGUGCGCCAGGAAGAAACUACGUCAAUAAGGGUAGGAAAGUUCUCAGAACAAACCAGCAAACUCAGAAAUGGCAACUGGAUGCUGUCCGAUGCACGCUCGGCGUAUAAUACCCUUCUUGAGUUGGACAAUAACUUCAUGGCGGAGUUCGAAGUGGGACAAAGCAUUGUACAAGACUGCUACACAGGCCGCGCCUGUAUUAUCAGGGAUGAUCGUGACUUUCCUGUAAUGGUUGAAUAUGCCAUGCCUGGUACAACUGGCGACAUACGCCUUAACAGGCCCUUGGUUGUGGCUAUUCCUCAAUGGCUUGCAUGCCGAAUACCUCAGCAUUAUCUCAAACACGCAGGUGCUCCCAAAGCCCGUGGAACUACGACAAUGGACCCUGCACACAUGGUAGUUCUCCAACAAACGGAGCAAAUAGUUUCCAAAACAGCUCAUGCAGCAUACUUGCUUCGCAGGGAAAGGGAAGAGUCAGCGAUUCUUGGACUUAAACAGCACUUCAAAAGCAAAAUUUGCGGCAAGCAUUGCGCUGCAUGGUGGCUUAAGGCGAAUGAACUGAAGACCAUGGUGAAGCAGUUUUCUGAAACCGGGCAGCCUGCCAUGACCCCUCAACUUGAGCAAAGCGCCCUAGCGAAGGCAUUGUCCACAACAACGCUAGUGGACUACUGGACGCACCGCAUUUGCAUGUUCGAGCAGACUUUUCGAAAACUGUUUGCACGUCUACGUCUUCCAGAAGAACAGGAUGGUUCAAUUCCUUGUUCAAAAGUGUCUGCGAUCAUUAUUUUAGCAGUAGCAAUGAGUGAUGUUACUCUUGCUGUUAGACGGCGGGCCGUAGCCACUAGGAAAGCACGCCUACAACGAAUAGCUGACGUGCUCAGCUUUCUUGAGGAGAAAGACGUGCCUGUACCGUGCACCUAUGAGCUCCCCGAAGCUGCUGAUCUACUGCAAAUUGACAUACCUUCCGAAUCUGAAGAGUGCAGACAGCGGGACGCGGCCACGAACAUGUUCAUGCAUAUGAAGUCUCGCAUUGAUGCUGCAAACGUCGAGGUGGGACUGCAGGUGUACGACGACCACGUGAUACAGCAAGUCAGAGUAAGAUUUACUGGGACAAUCUAUGGUAGGAUAUCCAGGCUCUUCGUUUCAAGCAAUGAAGCAGAUUAUCGUCUUCAAGAAACUGACUUUAGAGAACUAGACUCAGAUAUCAGUGACUUGUUCGCUGUGUUGCACCGCCCUUUCGGCGUUUGGCAAGGGACAUUGAAGCAACUGCAAAAUGAAGAACUGCUUAAUAUGAGGAUGCAGCAGCAAUGUCCAUUUAGGCCACCACAGCCAACUCGACAUGCAAAGGAAGCAGUUCCUGGUGCUCACAUCCAGCUGAUUCAGGGUUUUCUUCCCUUUGGCUACGAUGAUCCCCCAAACAGCACUUUACAAGAGCAAGGCCUCUAUAGGCAUGAAAAGACCAUUUUGCUUUUCACGGGGCUAUUUCUUUUGCAAAUAUCCGCUAGGGGCAGCACCUUCGCCAACUCCGUUAUCAGAUUUGUUUUAGAGGAAGCAGCGCCCGAUGAUUUUUUUAAGGCACUCGAAGCUUUUAAAAAGGAUGUAAACUUCACUGAAGUUGCAUCCUUCCUACCUCCGCCUGUUGAGGGACUCGAUGCGAAGGCAGACACGCUCGUAAGAAUCGGCGACAAGGCUUGGCAUGGCACUACGCUUGUUACACUCGAGAAAAUCGAAGGUGGUGUCAAGUUUGUGAGGCCGACUACGACGAACGAAGAAGACAGCACUUCAGUAGCUAUCACAGAACCUCUUUUCUCUGCUGAAAAAGUCCGCGUAGGAGAUCUAGUCCACGUUUCUGGCAGUAAAGUGAAGUACGAGCUCCUGCACAUUACGCCGCUUACCUCAACGACCUGCGUAUCAAAGCUUCGCCGGAAGAACUCUGAUGAAACAAUUCUUUCACGUGAACCUCUUUUCAGGCUAGGUGCUUCUCAACACGAAGAAGUUCUUGGAACGACUCUAGACCACAUCGCGGGCGCCUACCCAAAAAAUGAAUUGUACGUGGACCUGAUACUUUUCUUAAAAGAAUUUCAUAAGACAGAAGGUGCUCGUGUCAGUCGCACCCAGUUCAAGAAGGUUCUGGUUAUACUCGAAAGCCAUGGCCGAGUUUCAGCUACUGAAAAGGAGUCCUUACAGACCACAUUUGACCGCCGUUUGAAUAGGGAGGCGUUUUACGAUGCAGUGGAUAAUGUGAAGAAGCGUACAUAUGACUUUCUGACAGACCUUCAAACGAAAAUUAGUUCCAGUAGUCCACCAGGUGCCCAGGAGGAGCUACUAUUUGCCUGGGGAAGUGCGACCAUUGCAGCGCUGGAGGCAAUGUGGAGAGGCAGAAGCCUCUGGAGAACGCUUCAUAGGAUCUUCGAGAUGGGUCUAUUGAAAUUUUUUGGCGAAGUCAAUACCUUAGCGCAACGCCCAGACAUUUUAUCAGCAUUAAAGGUUCUUAAUGUGGACGCUUUGAGAGAGCAAGGACAAAAGGCUAUAACUGCUUACGUUGUUUCAUCCGGCAAACCGUUGUUGUUGCCUUCCAUUUCUGACGCUGUGGAUAAAGUGUCUUUUGAGAGCAUAAUUCCUCCUGAGGCUCACUCAACAACACUGCAAUUCUUCAACUUCGUCGGAGACGGUGUAAUGCCAACGAAAAAGGCAUUGAAGAUGUGGGAGGAUUAUGUCACGACAGUUGCUCGCCGACUGGAGGAGUUUGCGACACAGCAAGAUGCGUUGGACAAGUAUCGCAAAUCCCUUCACUCCAGGGACGCAGCUAUUCCACAAAGUAGUUUGAAUGCUUCCUGGACGGACAAGAUCGUUUUUAGACUGAGCGAGGUCAUCGGAUCCUUGAUGAAACAAGAGCUAGGAAACAAGCUUAACCCAGCGAAUAUCAAAAGCAAAUUGAAGCCACUGCUCAUUCAAGAACUCGUGACAGUCAGUGAAUUGCCAUUAAACAGUGAUGGCGAGGAUCGGCUGCGCCACCAGUAUUACCAGCUUUCCCAAAAGUAUGUCGAUCAGCUUGUUUCCAGUGAGGUCAUUGAUAUUGACGGUGUUCUUGACGUCAUUGGCCAAUUGGAAAAGGCACUGUCGAAUUUGUUGACCCCAAUCAUAGACCAGGCUAUCGGACUUGUUAAGAAGGCUGCACAGAUUAUUUCAAAGCCCCGAGAAAAGCAAGAGCAUUACGUCAUUGCGUUUAAUGCACUUGCUGCCUCUCUCGAGAAAAUAGAUACAGCAGUGACUCCAACAGAGGAAAAGAGCGAGCCUGUUGAGGUUUCUGGGGCCAUCAAUGGCACUAUGGCUAUGAGUCCAAUGAAAGAUAUGGGGUCUCUCAAGCGCAUCUAUACUCGUUUUCUUGCCAAGGGGGCUGGCGCCGUCAGUACGGCGGGUGCCCACCUGCUGAGUAAAAUAACGGGCACACCUAUUCCAGACCAUCUGACAAACCUCUUGCUAAUCUUCUGGACUCCCAUAAGAGCUCGAGCGCUAAAUGCUAUUCUCAAAGCUGCAUUUAGUGCAUUCGAAGGCCCGAAUGCAGAAGCAUCUGCCCUUUCUGUGUCAAGUGGAUUGUGGAACUCAGCAAUUCAGCCCGUUGUUGACGGUAUGAAGGUUCAUACAGAUAUAUUUACGCGACUGCUUGGUGAACUCGACACAGGUAAGGGGCUGACUCGUGAUUGGUGGAAAGAGGUGCCUCUUCUGGUUUUUAUAAGGCCCAUGCUGUAUAACGUUCGCUCCGGCCUGCUUGACCCCAGCAACUUAUACAAAUUCUGGUAUCAAAUAAAGAUUGCUACCAGCGCCUCAUCUGGUCUUUACAAGGUACUGACAGCACCUGUUAAGGGUCUUGGCGCUUACGUGUACCUCCUCCUGAUUAAGAUCCUGAACGGGAUCCUACCAGCUGAAAACGGCGAUUUUCUUCUUCCGCGGGAGUUCCGCGGAAAGGGGGAGGAAAGACCAGAUUUGGAUAUAGUGCUGGCAAACCCUAAAGACUUAAUCAAGUUUUUGCACCGUUUGUUUGAUGUAUUGUUAAAGGUGUACGUCCCAAUGGUUCGUGAGCUAUUUGACACCGGAAUUCAACUGCUUCUGCAGAAGGUAGCACGCCACCUUGCAAGCGAUGACGGGACACUCGAUAUGAGACGGCUACUUAACAAUAUUGCUGACCACGACGUGGACGGAGAAUUUGAAGAAGUUCUACGUGAUCUGUUAUUCAAAAUUGCAGAUGACAUGUUGAGACUAUGGCCAGCAAUGCCCCUCGGUUCACCACAGCCUUGGCAGCAGAUGUGA